UCCAGAUGUAGUCAAACUUCAGAUUGACAGACAGCUCAUUGGGGGGGCAGAGCCUUCAGGUGGUGGUGAUGUCAAAGAGAGGAGCAGGGGUGCGUGGGAAGGGGGAGCGACCUGAUGCCAUGGCAACUCUUCAAGCAGCCAAUGAGGAGCUGAGAGCCAAACUGACAGACAUCCAGAUAGAACUACAACAUGAAAAGAACAAGGUCAGCCGUCUGGAGAGGGAGAAGAGUCAGGAGCUGAAGGCGGAGCAUCACCGGGCGACGGUUGCCGUGACAGAGCUAAAGACCAAACUCCAUGAGGAGAAGCAGAAGGAACUGGCUGUUACCAGGGAGACGUUACUACGGCAACAUGAGAUGGAGCUAAUGAGAGUCAUCAAGAUCAAAGAUGGAGAGAUUCAACGUCUGAACGGACUGGUGCUAACACUGAGGGACGGAUCCACAGACAAGGUGAGGAGUGCCCUGCUAGCGGAGGUGGAGGAAGCAAGGAGGAGCUGGGAGGCGGAGCGGUGUCGCCUCCAGCAGGAGGUUCAGGAGCUGCGAGGAGCAAAGAGGAGUGCUGAGGAGGCUCUGACAUCAGCUCAACAGGCCUGCCAGGCCCGAGCAGCCGAACUGCGAUCAGCUCAUCACCAACACCAGGAGGAGCUGAACAAGACUAAGAGAGACUGUGAGAGGGAGAUCCGCCGACUGAUGGAUGAGAUAAAGCUGAAGGACAGAGCUGUCAGUGUUUUGGAUAAAGCCCUGGGGCUGCAGGCUGGACACGCCCACCGCCUCCAGCUGCAGACUCAGGCUGCCGAGCAGCAAAUCGCAGCCCUGAGAGACGCACAGAGGGUGGGACUUAACCACCUAGGCCAAGCCCUUAACCCCGCCCCUAACACUUCUCCUCACAUUUCUCAGGAGGACCGGGACACUCGGAGGUUUCAGUUAAAAAUCGCAGAGCUCAGCGCUGUUGUCAGGAAGUUGGAGGAUCGAAACGCUCUGCUGUCUGAGGAACGCAACGAACUGCUGAAGCGUCUCAGGGAGGCAGAGAGUCAGUUUCUUCCUCUUCUUGACAAAAACAAACGUCUGAGCAGGAAGAACGAGGAGCUGGCUCUCGCGGUGCGUCGUCUUGACAACAAGCUUCGCUUCGUCACCCAGGAGAACAUGGAGAUGGUAACUAUGAGGAGACCGAGUUCUUUAAACGACCUGGACCGAAGUCAUUCCAUCAGUUACCAUGGUUACAGUCAGGAUGAGAGAGAGAUGGAGUUUCUACGGUUACAAGUUCUGGAGCAACAACACAUCAUCGAUGACCUGUCCAAGGCUCUGGAGACGGCUGGUUAUGUAAAGAAUGUAAUUGAGAGAGACAUGUUGCUGAGAUACAGACGUCAGGAAUCAGUGAGGAGGAAACGAACCUUCAGAGCCUGCAGGGUCAUUGAGACGUUCUACGGUUAUGAUGAAGAGGCGUCGGUGGACUCUGACGGAUCAUCCUUGUCGUUCCACACUGACAGAACUCCAGACACUGAACCAGAUGAGGUGUGUGUGCGUGAGGAGUCGGAAUUCCGUUACCGCCAGCUGACUCAGGAGUAUCAGGCGCUGCAGCGAGCGUACGCUCUGCUGACAGAGACGAGCGGAGGACACUACGACCCUGAGAAGGAGAUCAAGACCAGAGAGCAGCUGCUGAGUGAAAUCAGUCGAUAUCAAACCAGAGUUGCUGAUCUGGAGUCAGCGCUGAAACAACAAGGACUGGAUGUGAAGUGGGUGGAGGAGAAGCAGGCGUUGUAUCAGAGGAAUCAGGAGCUGGUGGAGAAGGUCAAGCAGAUGGAAGGGGUCGAGCUGAAGCUGGAAAACGACAUUCAGGACGUCAAAGAUCAAAACGAGCUGCUGGAGUUUAGGAUCUUAGAGCUCGAGGAAAGGGAGCGACGCUCACCUGCCAUCAACUUCCAACAACUUCAUUUCCCAGAAGGCCUCAGUCCUCUCCAGAUCUACUGCGAGGCAGAGGGAGUCGCUGACAUUGUGAUCAGUGAACUGAUGAAGAAGUUGGACAUUCUGGGAGAUAACGCCGUAAGUAAUCUGUCCAAUGAGGAGCAGGUGGUGGUGAUCCACGCCCGGACUGUUCUUACUCUGGCUGAAAAGUGGUUGGAGUCCAUUGAAGUGACGAAGUCGGCUCUGCAGCAGAAGAUGUUGGACAUCGAGAGUGAGAAGGAUCUGUUCAGUAAACAGAAGGGUUACCUGGACGAAGAGUUGGACUACAGGAAGCAGUCGAUGGACCAGGCUCAUAAGAGGAUCCUGGAGCUGGAGGCCAUGUUGUUUGAGGCUCUGCAGCACGAGGAGGAGUCCAAAAUGGAGGGAUUAAAGAUGGAGGAGGGUCGUCUGUCUGAAACACUGACGGAGACAGAGAGGGAGGGGCUUAGGAGAGCAAUGGACCAAUGGAAACGAACUUUGAUGUGCGAGCUGAGAGAAAGAGAUGCACAGAUCCUCCGAGAGAGGAUGGAACUGCUGCAGCUCACACAACAGAGGAACAAGGAGCUGGAGGAGUGUAUAGAAGCACAGAAGCGACAGAUCAAAGAGCUGGAAGAAAAGUUUCUAUUUCUGUUUCUAUUCUUCUCGUUGGCCUUUAUUCUCUGGUCCUAACAGCAGCCGUGUCUGCAGGCCUCCAGAGUCCAGCAGCUGAACAGUCAGCAGGCUCGGCUCAGUCCAGAUCAAACUAAACGACAAGAGGAUUCAGAAGGAUUCAGGGUUUUGAAUCAGCAAUGUACUGAGUGAGGCAUGUUGGCUUCACUGCCACAAUGACCUGCCUCUGGCUGCUGUCAGCCAAUCAGAGCAGAGCCCAUCUGUCAGCUGACUCCAGACCUACACCAUCACACCUCACUGACGAAGACAAGGAUGGUUUCCACGACAACUGUUGUGUUUCAGACAAGUAAAAACCACAACCAGCAACAUGCUAACGAGCUUCCAGUUAGCUACUGUUUACCAGGAAGUUUUGGUUGAGACCCCCGACGUACAGCCGACAAACAUAUUCUGGCCUUGGGAGGCAGCUGGAACAAAGUGGUGCUGGACUUCAUUCACUGUUAGCUAGGCUAGCUCUCCAUACAGUGUUAGCUCAGCUAGCCCUACUUCAUAUAGUGUUAGCUCAGCUAGCUGGACGUCAUACAGUGUUAGCUCAGCUAGCUGGACUUCAUUCAGUGUUAGCUCAGCUAGCUCUCCUUCAUACAGUGUUAGCUCAGCUAGCUCUCUUUUAUACAGUGUUAGCUAAGCUAGCUCUCCUUCAUACAGUGUUAGCUCAGCUAGCUCUCCUUCAUACAGUGUUAGCUCAGCUAGCUCUUCAUUCAGUGUUAGCUCAGCUAGCUCUCCUUCAUACAGUGUUAGCUAAGCUAGCUCUCCUUCAUACAGUGUUAGCUAAGCUAGCUCUCCUUCAUUCAGUGUUAGCUCAGCUAGCUGGACGGCAUACAGUGUUACAGUUGACUGACCAGUUACUGAGGUUUCAGCAUCAGACACAAAGCUCGAUUGAUCACAACAGACAUUCAGUAAAGUGGUUGCUAAGUUACCUUGAUGAGUUCACAUUAUAGAAUCACAGUAGAAAACAUUAUGAACGGUUGUUCUCACCUGUCCUGACAUCAGUUCAGUUGAAGUGAACUUUGUUCUGAUUGGCUGUCCCCCAUGAGGACUGGAGUUCAGCUCAUAGAUCUAAGGUUACAGUGUGUAACCUUCAUGUAGUGUCAGCCCACCUGAAUCAUCCAGGGACCAAAAACUGAUGAAGGCGACUCUACUUCACGACGUCAGGACGUGUGCUGGAGGUCCGAGCUGCAACCACAAAUACAAUAACAACUGAAGUGAAUUAAGAUUUGAUCUGAGGAAACACAGGUUGAAGUUUGAGAGAUGAAAGAAAUAUUUGAUUUAAUAAUAAACCUGAUGCAGUUAAAUGACAUCCCCAGAUUUAUGGUGAUGAUGUCACAGGUUAAUGAUGGAGGAAAGUACAACGUCAGUUCUGCAUAGACCCGACUGAAUAUAAUGGAGGAUCACACACAUACAUACAGUACAGGCCAAAAGUUUGGACACACCUUCUCAUUCAAUGCGUU